CCUCCGCUGCAAGCGUCCGCUCGCCGGGAGCUGUCGCGUGCUUUCGUGUCCGAGGUGUUGCCCGACGAGUCCCCAGUGUGCGACUCCAGAUGGCCGCCUGAAAACCGUCGCCGCUAUGGGCUUAGCGGCGAACCUGCUGCUGCAGCUGCUGGUGUCUGCCGCGCUCUCCCUUGGAGAUGGGUUGCGGCUGCUGGAGGUACGCGUGCCGGUGCACGCGGUGCGCGGGCAGACGGCGCGGCUCGAGUGCCGCUUCGACCUGGAGGGCGAGUCGCUGUACUCGGUCAAGUGGUACAAGGACGGCCGCGAGUUCUACCGCUUCGUGCCCAGGGACACGCCGCCCGCGCAGCUCUUCCCGCUGCCUGGAGUCGCCGUCGAGAUCGGCAACUCGACGUCGAGCCGCGUGGAGCUGCGCGACCUGACGGCGGCCACCUCUGGCCGCUACCGGUGCGAGGUCUCCGGCGAGGCGCCCUCCUUCCAGACCGUCUCCGACCACGGCGAUCUGCUCGUAGUCGCCCUGCCUGAGGAAGGGCCGCGCAUAACGGGAGGACGACCCCGCUAUCAGAUUGGCGACACUGUCGACGUCAACUGCACCUCGGGGAGGUCACGGCCGGCGGCUCAGCUCGCCUGGUUCAUCAACGGAGACAGAGUGGAGGACGAGCGUCUGCUGCGCGGCCCUCAGGUAGUGGACGGCGGCGCGGGCGACGGCUCUGUGGAGACGGUGCUGGGGCUGAGGUUCCGCGUGGCGCCGCGCCACUUCCCGGGCGGCGCUGGCGGCGACCUGCGCCUCAAGUGCCUGGCCACGGUCGCCACGGUCUUCUGGAGGAGCCGCGAGGAGGCCGCCACAGCCGGGCCCGGCCGCCGCGCGGAGCUGCACGACGCGCUCGACGUCGCGCCCGGCGCCGAAGGGCUCGCCAGGAGCGCCGCCGCCAAAGAUCAAAGUGAACAAAUGGUCCAACUGCUUGAAGUGAUGAAUCACUUCAUGACGGUGCAGAUGACUUCACACAAGACGCCGGAGUCAACGGCAGUGCCACUGCCCGCACAACCUGUGCAUGUGCUGCCACAUCGUGAGGCGAAGGAAGACUGGGCAGAGCGCCUCGCACAUUUCGCUGUACCCAUCUCAGCACGUCACAUUCAAGGCUUUGUACUUUUAGAUUCCAUACCUGCCUGGGCGCACCAGCCGCUGCUGUAUUUGGCUCCAGUGGACCCCGCGCCGUCGGUGCUGAUCCUGGAGCCAAUGAAAGUCGACGCCAUUCCACAAUAG